AUGCGUUUUACAUUGGCACUAGUGAUCGCUUUCGUCGGCUGCCUGGUCGUUGUUCGAUGCGCCACCUCGGAUCCUACAGGUAGUGCAGAUCCGACCUCUUCAGAUCCUUCGCCGACCACUUCAGAUCCUUCCCCGACCACUUCAACUCCUACUACUUCGACGUCCACUUCAGAUCCUAGUACAUCGCCGACCACUUCAACUCCUACAACUUCGACGUCCACUACAGAUCCUAGUACAUCGACAUCCACUUCGUCUAACAGCACUACUUCGUCUAACAGCACCUCGACUGCAUCAACAGAGGCUGAAAGACUUAAGCUUUUGAAAAUUCUUGAACUCGUGAAAGAACGCAAGAAGGAAGCAGCAAAUGCAAAACGUCGUGUAGUUGUAGUCAAGGUCGUCGAACCUCGCACCGUUGUGAAGAAGAAGGCUGAAGUAGUGGUCACAAGAAGGAUCGUUCGUCGUGGUUGA